CAAACGGAUUAGCAGCCGGUCAUUUAAGCCUUCAUCACGGAGAGUGCUGUAGGAUUUCGUGGAUUUUUCGUUUCUCUCUUUAGUUCAAAGAUUCAUCAGCUUGUCACUUGGAAAUCAAAGGGGGGAGGAACGAAUCUCUUCCAUAGAUUAUUCUAGACUCGUGGUUUCAUCUUUCCGGAGUUUCUCCGACGGAUAGGAUGCCGAUUACUGCGAGACGUGCUUCAGCUGUCAUGAGCUCGUGUUUCGAAUUCAAAGAGGUGGAAAAUUCAUUGUAAUUAACUAGCGAAAUCAAAGUUUUACAACACACACAAAUUGCAUAAUUUGGUACCGUGGUGUCACGCUUUUUGGAUUUUAAUCAGUUGAUGGCAAAGGAAGGCCGUAUGUGACGUCAUGGAGACGACCCUGCUGGAUUAGUGGAUCAUGCGACCAUUAAAGCAUUUUAGGCACAUGCUGAAUAUCAGAAAUUCUAUAGCGUGCGAUAGGAGGGCUGAAAACGAUCUUAAACAUGAAGAUUCACCAAAAUCUCCAAGUCAUUUUUUUUUCCACCUGGAGAUUGCAAUGUUCUCUCUGAGGAUACUCUUAACGGAAAGAAUAUAAUCGUUGAAUAUAUCUGCUAAAAGUCAGUGGUAAAGAGUUCUUUUUUAGUUACCACCACAGGCUGCAAUGACUAUCCGGCGCAUUGCAAGUUUGACCAUCAUUUUGUUCCUCAAUCUCAUCAUAGGCUUCCUGUAUAUGCAGCCUAACCGAAUUCGAACCCUCAUAAACAGUCCUUUCAACGACACCGAAGCUUUCACAUUUAACUCCAUGAUAGCGUCUCCUAUUGAUAAACUCGAAAACUAUACAAAUGAAACUCUGGUGAAAUCAACGGACUCUGAUAUUCCUGAAAUUGCCUUAUCUUCUGUCUCUUUCAACUUCACACUGAACCCUAGAGAUCUGUGUUCUCCAAAGACAUUAAAAAACAAAGGGAAAAUAUCUUUACUGAUUCUUGUCUGCACUGCUGUACCGAACAGUAAGCAAAGACAGACAAUUCGUGAAACAUGGGGAUCACCUUCUUCUUCAACCAACAAUACAGGUUACGCCAGACUGGCUUUUCUAGUUGGUUCCACGAACAAUGCAAUAUUACAACAACAACUUGAGCAUGAAUCUUCUCAGUAUUCAGAUAUCAUACAACAAAAUUUUGUAGAUUCUUAUCAAAAUCUCACUUUAAAAUCCAUCAUGCUUUUAAAAUGGGUAUCUGAAUUUUGCCCAGACGUUCAAUUCGUUAUGAAGACUGAUGAUGAUAUGUACGUGAACAUACAAAAUUUAAUGUAUGCCCUGAAAAGAUUUCCAAUCAAAUCGAACGUCAUGUAUGGUGUUCUUUUCAAGAAAGCAAAGCCAGACAGAAAUCCUCGAGCUAAAUGGUACGUGCCAAAGAAUCAGUUUGAUGGCGACGUCUUCCCUGAUUAUUUAUCAGGAACAGGAUAUGUAAUGAGCCGAGAUGUGGUGCCUAAACUCCUGGAAGCAAGUGCUUCACUCCCCUUCUUAGUCAUGGAAGAUGUGUUUAUUACAGGUUUGUGUGCAAGUCAAUGCCGUGUCAAGCGGUAUAAUAUUAGAGGAUUUGCGUAUUGGCGGAGACCACCGACAGGAUGUGCUUUUAAAGAUGCGAUAACAGGACAUCAUGUAACUGUGAAAGAUAUGAUCAAAAUAUGGAAAGAGCUUCAAAAAAGGCCUUUGAUUUGUCGCCCACCGAAAAAGAAAGCCUAAAUUAUUAUUAUUAUUAUUUACUUUUGUUUAAAUGGUGUUUGUAUAUCAUAAUGUUGGGGUAUUUCUUUCAAAGAUGAUCAAAGUCAAAUUAUCUAAAAAUGCAUUUGUAAAUCUGUGCAAAAAGAAAUGUGAUUUUUUUAUAUUUUACUGAAAUUAAAUUUGUUAUAUGAAUGCA